UAUAAGAAAAAAAAAACCUAAUAGAAAAUAAAACAAAGAAAAAAAAAUCUCAUAUUUUUUAUAGCUAAAUUCUCAUCUCUGUUCAUCGAGGGCGGCGGGGUGAUGGGGGUGACAAUCACGACGCGUCGGUGGUGGUGAUUGCGGCCAACGAAAAAUAGGAGAGAAAUUAAGAAAGAUUAUUAGCUAUAUAUAUUUAAUUAGGAAAAUUUGUUAAUUUAAUAAAAAGAAAAAAUGGUGUUGUAUUGUAAUGAAACGGAUCCAAAUGAGGAUUUAUUUCUUGUGCAACCAUGUUUUAUGAGCCAAGAUUUCAAUUACAUUAAUUUGUGUUUUAGAAAAGUUGUAACACAUUUAACAGGGAUUUGGAGAUCUGAGAACACUUCAUCAUUGUCUCUUCCUUCUCUUAUAACACAACUUUUUGUUAUUCUUUGUGUUAAUCGAAUUCUAACCCUUCUUGUUAGGCCUUUUCAUAUUCCUCGUAUAGCUGCUGAAAUCAUCGGUGGUAUAUUGUUGGGUCCAUCUGGCAUUGGCUUCACAGAUUUUGCUGUAAAACACCUAACUCCAUUUGGUACAAUUAUGACUCUAGAAAACAUAGCGGCCUUAGGCAUCAUUUAUUUCAUGUUCAUGGUCGGCUUAGAGGUGGACCUAAAGCCCAUCCUAAAAGCUGGCCGAAAGCCUGUCACCACCGCGGUGGCAGGGAUCAUUCUCCCAGUCCCACUAGGCUAUGCCUUACACCACUUACUUCUCGAGAAUUUUGCAGAAAUCUCGAGAAACUCACCAAAUCAAUUUGGGCCCCUCUUUUGGGGGCUAGCCCUAGCCACAACUAACUUUCCUGACCUUGCUGGCCUUCUUGCUGACCUCAAACUCCUCCACACUGACGUGGGUCGAACUGCCCUAACCUCGUCUGUCAUCUCUGACAUCAUUUGUUGGUUCCUAUUUAUUCUUGUUAUGGCGACCUCUAGUAGAGGUCGCAUAUUCACUGUCACCACCACUACCAUCUUCAUCAUAUUCUCGCUUUUCGCUCUUCGUCCAGCAGUCAAGUACCUUAUUAGUAAGUACGUAAAGGAUGAAAACUACACGCAACACCAUGUCAUGUACAUCAUGGCGGGUGUAGUCCUCAGCGCGUACAUCACAGACUCUUGUGGCUCUCACUCCAUCUUCGGGGCCUUCAUGUUUGGUGUGAUCUUGCCAAAAGGAGAGUUGAAGAGGGCAGUGAUGGAGAUUAUGGAGGACUUCGUUUCGGAGUUGUUGAUACCGCUCUUCUUCUACUGCAUAGGGUUGAGAACCGAUGUCCAUUGGAUAUUUCGACGGGGAGUAGGGUUAGGGAUGGUGUCGUUGGUGAUAUUUUUGGCAUUCUCGGCUAAAGUGAUUAGCACUUUUAUUGUGGCUUACUUUCUCAAUAAGAUGAAGGCAAGGGAUAGUUUGGCUCUAGGGCUUUUGUUGAAUACUAAAGGCUUACUUGCACUCAUUAUAAUCAGCACUGGGAGAGACAUGUUGGCUCUGGACAUGCAAACAUUUACAAUAUUAGUAUUUGCCCUAUUGAUAAUGACAGCUGUGGUGGGACCAAUUUUAUCUUUGACUUAUUCAAGAAAGCGUAGUCUUAGUCAAUACAAAUACAAAACCAUAAGAAGCAUAGAAGGAAACUCCGAGUUCCGAAUCCUUGCCUGCGUGCAUUCCACGCGCAACGCCGGUGGCCUCGUCAACCUUCUCGCCUCCUCCAACCCCACCAAGCAAUCUCCCAUUUACGCCUUUGCCGUCCACCUCGUGGAGCUUGUCGGCCACGCCUCCGCCAUGCUAAUCGUCCACGACACUUGCAAGACCGCGGAAAACAUCCCCGGCACCGCCGUGGUAGGCGGCGCCGCCGCUGCCGGAAAAGUUGAAGGAAUUGCCGAGGCGUUCGAAAGCUUAGAAAGCGAGAAUUUAUCCGUCCAACCACUCACCGCCGUCUCUGCCUAUAACACCAUGCAUGAAGACAUUUGUAGCCUUGCUGAGGACAAGCGCGCUACACUCAUAAUCCUCCCUUUCCACGUCCAUUCCACGGCGGACGGUGGUGGAGGAACUGAUAGCAACGCCAACUCUCCGUUUCGUGCUGUGAACAAGAAUGUACUAGACAACACGCCAUGUUCCGCCGCCAUAUUCUUCGACCGUGGCUUCAACACACGAUCUUCUGCUCUCAAUAACCAAUUCUCCAUGAUCUUCAUUGGAGGAAGGGAUGACCGGGAAGCCCUAGCGUAUGCAUGGAGGAUGGCGAAAAGCCCUAGGGUUUGCUUGACUGUUUACCGGUUCAUUCCUAAUAAAAAUGUUGUAGAAAUGAGCCCUAAUACUUUUGGUGACGGCGAAGAUGGAAUACUCAAUGCCAUAGUGGACAAUGAGAAGGAGAAGCCAUUGGAUGAUCAAUACAUAGAAGAGUUUAAGCUAAAGUCAAAGGAUGACCAUUCAAUCAUGUUGAUAGAAGAAGUGGUUGACAAUGGAGAAGAGGUAGUGAGGAUUGUGAGCACAGUGGAAAAUAAGUAUGAUCUUUAUGUGGUGGGGAGAGGGAGAGGAAUAGUGUCGCCGCUAACGUCUGGGCUAUCUGACUGGUCGGAGUACCCUGAAUUGGGUCCUUUGGGGGAUAUCUUGGUGUGCUCAAGCUUCGCGGCGGAGGCGUCGGUUUUGGUGGUGCAACACGGUGUUGGGUUAGUGGAUGAGCAAGAUCAUCAGGCCGGAGUAGGACAAGUUAGGGAGGAGUUCGGGCACAUGACGUGGCACCCGCCGGAGAUGAACAAUUCAAGUACUUUUGCUCCAUUCAUACACAGGAGAGUUAGGGUUACUGAUGAUGAUGAUCAUCUUUGAUUAUGACUCCUUUUAGACGUGUUUUCUUAUGAUUGGUUAGCAAUACCCAUUAAAAGU